AUGAACCCCUCUGUUGUGGCUGCCCACAAGAGGAUUGGACUUCUCCAAAAGUUCAACAAAUGGCAAGGGAAAGCCAUUGAAAAGAUGCAAAAGUCCAUGGACAAGAUGAUCCUUCUCACCACUCCAAGGAGGCUCCUGCCCAAGAGCCUCACAGAGCCUCUUCAUUCGAGCCAAGGGAAGGGAGAAGACAACUCACAGAGAAGGAGGAAGAGCUCUAAGGCCAGACGCUCCAGCUCGACCACCGGACUCGAUCGAGUCCAAACAGAGGAAACUCAACUCGAUCGAGCUGACGGUCGAGUUGACCUGGAGGAGCCCAGUUUGAGAACCCGGAUUCGAGUACGAUCCAACGCCUUACCAGGAGACCCUCAGAGUAGAUGGAACCCCUAUGGACAGUUCGAGCUAGCCAGCUCCACCAAGGCCAAGGGAGCCACACACACUUCAAUGAAGAAGAGGAAGAAGAGGAGCCGCAAGCUCGAUCGAGCGAGGCGAACCCAGUCGAGUGGAGUGCUCCUGAUGGCCGUCUACCAUCUCCAGACCACGACCUUGCCUCCCAGUUCUUUGGGGGGCACUGAGGCUAAGUUUGGGGGUGCCAACUCGAGCUCGAUCGAGUUGGGUGUAAAAACCAGAAAAGUGGUAAAAGUUGGGAAAAUCCAAAGGAAAAAGAGUUUAGUUAAGUCCAGGGAGUUGGCAGUGUUAAAAAGGGUCUAGUCUUUUGGAGCAUUCUGGAGCAUAUGGGACGUGAGGAGCAUGGAGGACUUGGCACAUGGACGCAGCUCAACUGGAUACGCAAAGGAAGAAGGAGGAAGCCAUCUUGAAGACCAGCUCGACCACUACUCGACCAACCGGUCGAGUUCCUCAACUCGACCGGCCAAGCUUCAACUCGAUCGAGCUGAGAAGUCAACAGUCAAACCCGAAAAAUGUUGCUUCCCCCUUGACUUUCCUUUGACCCUAAACCUAAAUCCUCUUGUAUUUAAAGGCUAA